AAAAACCUCCCUUCGGGUGCUCAGUGGGUGAGGUUGGUCAAUCAGAGCGACUCAGCAGACUCUCUCUGCCGGACUUUGCGUCAGGAGGCAGAUCUCUUUGGAUAACUCUCACAGCGGAGGAGAGACGGAGGAGUCAUCCGCGUCCCGACCCGAUGACAAACUGAGCACAUUGGCAUGAAAGAUUUAGUCAGUCAGCACAGGAUGCAGGUGGAUCGGAGCAGUGUGGUUUCCAGUGCUGGGCUUACGUGGCUCAUCUUACUUUUGUCAACUCUAAGCAGCACCGGGGCGUCCGGGCAGGGAGGCGCCCACCAGAGCAUCCCUCCGUCCGUGGUGAAGCUUUGGGCCUCAGCUUUUGGUGGGGAGAUGAAGUCCAUCUCAGCAAAGUACUCUGGCUCGCAGCUGCUGCAGAAGAAAUACAAGGAGUUUGAGCGGGCUGUGCGGGUGGAGGAGAUCGAUGGGCUGAAGUUGGUAAAGACACUGGCAAAGAAUAUGGAAGAGAUGUUUCACAAGAAAGCCCAGGCUAUGCAGAGACUGGUGGAGGCCGCAGAGGAGGCGCACCUGCAGCACGAGGAGGAUCCAAAUCUGCAGUAUGAAUACUUCAAUGCUGUGCUGAUCAAUGAGGUUGAUGAAAAGGGGAACAAUGUAGAGCUGGGAGGAGAGUUCAUCCUGCAACCCAAUGACCAUUUUAACAACCUAUCAGUCAACCUCAGCCUCAGCGUGGUCCAGGUACCAACCAACAUGUACAACAAAGACUCUGCAAUAGUCAACGGGGUGUACUGGUCUGAGGCCCUGAACAAAGUGUUUGUAGAUAACUUUGAGAGAGACCCAUCACUCAUAUGGCAAUACUUUGGCAGCGCCAAAGGCUUUUUCAGGCAGUACCCAGGAAUCAAAUGGAAACCAGAUGAGCAUGGAGUCAUAGCCUUCGACUGUCGCAACCGGAAAUGGUACAUCCAGGCUGCCACUUCUCCAAAAAAUGUGGUGAUCCUGGUUGACGUCAGUGGCAGCAUGAAAGGCCUGAGACUGACUAUUGCAAGACAAACCGUUUCCUCCAUUCUGGACACUCUUGGAGAUGAUGACUUCUUUAAUAUCAUUGCUUACAAUGAGGAAUUGCAUUAUGUGGAAGCGUGCCUGAACGGGACCCUGGUCCAAGCAGACGUUACCAACAAAGAUCAUUUCCGGGAGCACCUUGACAAGCUGUUUGCUCAAGGCAUUGGCAUGUUGGACCUAGCUCUUACCGAGGCCUUCAAUCUUCUCGGUGAUUUCAACAAGACUGGGAGGGGAAGCGAGUGUAGCCAGGCCAUUAUGCUGGUGACAGAUGGGGCCGUCGAUACGUACGAUGCCAUUUUUGCCAAGUAUAACUGGCCCGACAGGAAGGUCCGAAUAUUCCCUUACCUGAUUGGUCGAGAAUCAGCCUUCGCAGAUAAUCUGAAAUGGAUGGCAUGUGCUAAUAAAGGCUACUUCACUCAGAUUUCUACAUUGGCAGAUGUUCAGGAGAACGUAAUGGAGUAUCUCCACGUGCUGAGUCGCCCCAAAGUGAUCGACCGCGAGCAUGACACAGUAUGGACCGAGGCGUACAUCGAUAACACUUUAGAGGAUGGUCAAGAUCCAGUUCUGAUGACCACAGUGGCGAUGCCAGUGUUCAGCACCAAAAAUGAGACCAGAAACCACGGGAUCCUUCUCGGGGUGGUUGGGACUGAUGUGCCCGUGUCCGAGCUGCUCAAAACUAUUCCUAAAUACAAGCUUGGCAUUCAUGGCUACGCCUUUGCAAUCACCAACAACGGCUACAUCCUCACCCACCCGGAUCUACGGCCCCUCUACGGAGAUGGCAAGAAGCGUAGGAAGCCAAACUAUAGCAGUGUGGAUCUGUCUGAGGUGGAAUGGGAGGAUCAGGAUGACACGCUGAGAAACGCCAUGGUCAACAGGAAGACGGGGACCUUUACCAUGGAGGUGACCAAGAGUGUGGACAAGGGGAAACGUGUGCUUGUUUUGCACAAUGAUUACUACUACACAGACAUCAAAGGAACUCCUUUCAGUCUUGGAGUUGCUCUGUCCAGAGGCCACGGGAAAUUUUACUUUAGAGGGAAUGUCACUGUGGAGGAAGGACUUCAUGACUUGGAGCAUCCUGAUGUAGAGCUGGCAGAUGAAUGGACAUACUGUAACAUAGACGAGCACCCAGAGCACCGCUACCUGUCCCAAAUGGAAGCAAUCAAGAUUUACCUCGGUGGACAAGAACCACACUUACAAUGUGACAAGGAGCUGAUACAGGAAGUGCUCUUUGAUGCUGUAGUGACUGCGCCAUUAGAAGCCUACUGGACCAGCCUCGUUCUCAAUAAAUCUGAGAACUCAGACAAAGGUGUGGAGAUAGCCUACCUGGGCACCAGGACAGGUCUAUCCAGAAUUAAUCUGUUUGUGGUGCCUGAUGAACUCACAAACCAAGACUUCCUGACAGCUGAAGACAAAGAAGGGGUGUUCAACGCUGAUCACUUUCCCCUCUGGUACAAGAGGGCAGCAGAACAAGUUCCUGGCACCUUCGUUUACUCUCUGCCCUUCAACACAGGAUCAGAAAACAAAAGCGUUGUGUUGGCCAGUACUGCCAUUCAGCUUCUGGAUGAGAGGAAAUCCCCCAUAGCUGCGGCUGUGGGCAUACAGAUGAAAUUGGAUUUUUUUCAGAGGAAGUUUUGGACCGCCAGCAGACAGUGUGCAGCAUUAGAUGGAAAAUGCUCCAUAAGCUGUGACGACGAGAAUAUUAACUGCUAUCUCAUUGACAACAAUGGCUUCAUUCUGGUAGCAGAGGACUAUACGCUGACAGGAAAAUUUUUUGGUGAAGCAGAGGGAGCAGUCAUGACUAAGCUUCUGCAGAUGGGCUCUUUCAAAAGAGUGACUCUGUAUGACUACCAAGCUCUAUGUUGGGUCUUUUCAGAGAGUAGUGAUAGUGGACACACACUGCUAGAUCCUUACUUUGCUUUCUUCUCAGCUGUGAAGUGGAUCCUGACCGAACUUGUCAUAUUCCUGGUCGAAUUCAACUUAUACAGCUGGUGGAACUCGGACGUCACUGCUAAAGCUCAGAGGAUAGGUCGGAGUAUGCAGCUCCCAUGUGACACAGAAUACCCAGCCUUCAUCUCAGAGAGGACCAUCAAAGAGAACAUGGGCAACAUCGAUUGUGAUGGCUGCAUCAAGUCUUUUGUGAUCCAGCAGAUCCCCAGCAGCAAUCUGUUCAUGGUGGUGGUGGACAACAAGUGUAGCUGCGGCAUGUUUGAGCCAAUCACCAUGGACCCAAUCGAAAUCAUGUAUAUCGAAUCUCUCAAGUGCGACAGACUGAAGAUGCAAAAGGACAGGAGGCGUCCAGACACCUGCCACCCUUUUCAUCCGGAGGAGAACUCAAUGGAGUGCGGAGGAGCUGUCAGUCUCGCCCCAUCUCUUUUGGCAACACUGCUCUGCAUACUCGUGGCGUUAUUACCUAGGUGACCAGAACUGGCCACGCCUCUCCAUCCGGAGCUCGAUUUGGAUUGGCUUGGCUCGGCACACAAAAGAAUUGCAACAGUGCCACAGAAAAUAACACUUUUGCCCCAUAUGAAACCAUGCCCAAUUCCAACUCACCAUCUACAAAGUCCCUAGCCUGGAGGUAUCUCCAUAUUUGGAAAGGAGUGGUAAUGGCUAUUAAGUAGUGAUCAUUAAGGUGUUUUAGCAAUACCAUGAGCAGCAAGGAGGUCUUGGGGAAGAAUAAAAUUUAGAAAACAUACACUGUGAAGAAUGCACUUAGUAGCUUAAAACUGCACAACUGGGUGUUGUGGUAACACCCGAUGACACUAACCCCACAACGAUCAGUCCUGUCAGGUUGCAAACAAGGGCUCUGGUCUGUAGUGGGGCUUGGAACUGGGCAUUAGCGUCACAAAACCCCCGGCUAGAGUGUGAAAGGAGCACCUUCCCCAGGUCCACUCUGACUUUUCAUGGACAAUGUUGAUUCUGAAGACUAAAACAUCCUAUUGGAGAGAAUUUAGCUGGGAUUGUCAUGAAAUCUUUGUCUAAUUAUCUUUUUUUUCAUGAUGAUGAAAAAUAGGUUCUAAUGUACAGCAUAUACUAUAUGAGAGAGAAAAAACAAACAAACAAAAAAAACACUUAGUUUAUAAUUUGCAAGUGGUACCCAUAAACUGUGACUAUGAGAUUUUGAGUCCUCUCAUGUGAGUGGUUGUUAAUAUUUAAGCUUUGCCUUAUGGAACGACGUUUGUCCUGUUUGUGUACUUUUGAAAUAAAAUUAUGUUUACAAAUUAUCCUGUUUUGGAAAGUUGUGUUGUUUAAAUGAUUUUUGUAAAUCACAAUAGACUUAAUAUGAGGCGUUAAACCUCACUGGUAUGGAUUGUACUGUUAUUGUUCUCAGAUUAAAUGAAUGCAUUUGCUCCUGGAGGUUCACUGUUGGGAAUUAUUCUGGCUGCUUUUUGGCCUUCACACAAACACAGAUGUGACAAGCAAGUGUAUCCGUGUGUCUGUGUGUGUCUGAACACACUUCUAUUUGUAUGUGUGCAUUUGUUGUUUCCCUAUUCUGUCAUCCAUGUGCACUUCUGCCCCCAACGCUCUCCCACCCAUAG